GCCGCCGCCGCCCGCCCGCCCGCCGCAGCUGCCGCCGCCGCCUCCCCUCCGCACGCAGCAGCCCCGGGCCGGGGCACGGCGCGCCGCCCCCGCCGCUCCCUCGGCGCCAGGCCGCGCGGGCAGAUCGACCCAGCGAGAGCGAGGGGGAGGGCGGCCCGCGAGCGGCGAUCGAGCGGGCGAUCGAGCGCCGGGAGGAGGCGGCCGGACCGAGCGGGCGCCCGCGCGUGUGGCGUGAGGGGCAGCCGCCCGCCCGCCCGCCCCUUCGCCUUCCCUGCGCCCCCUCCCCGCGCCCCCCCCGACCGCGGAGCGGCACCAUGUCGGCGCCGGCGGCCAAAGUCAGUAAAAAGGAGCUCAACUCCAACCACGACGGGGCCGACGAGACCUCAGAAAAAGAACAGCAAGAAGCAAUUGAACAUAUCGAUGAAGUACAAAAUGAAAUAGACAGACUUAGACAAGCCAGUGAGGAGAUUUUGAAAGUAGAACAGAAAUAUAAUAAACUCCGCCAACCGUUUUUUCAGAAGAGGUCAGAAUUGAUCGCCAAAAUCCCAAAUUUUUGGGUAACAACAUUUGUCAACCAUCCACAAGUGUCUGCACUGCUGGGGGAGGAAGACGAAGAGGCGCUGCAUUACCUGACCAGAGUUGAAGUGACAGAAUUUGAAGAUAUAAAAUCAGGUUACAGAAUAGAUUUUUAUUUUGAUGAAAAUCCUUACUUUGAAAAUAAAGUUCUCUCCAAAGAAUUUCAUCUGAAUGAGAGCGGGGAUCCAUCUUCAAAGUCCACUGAAAUCAAAUGGAAAUCUGGAAAGGAUUUGACAAAGCGCUCCAGUCAAACGCAGAAUAAAGCCAGCAGGAAGCGGCAGCAUGAAGAGCCUGAGAGCUUCUUCACUUGGUUCGCUGACCACUCAGACGCCGGUGCAGACGAGCUGGGAGAGGUCAUCAAAGACGACAUCUGGCCAAACCCCUUGCAGUACUACCUGGUGCCUGACAUGGAUGAUGAGGAAGGAGAAGGGGAAGAGGAUGAUGAUGAUGAUGAAGAGGAGGAAGGAUUGGAAGAUAUUGAUGAAGAAGGGGAUGAGGAUGAAGGGGAAGAAGACGAAGAUGAUGACGAAGGGGAAGAGGGAGAGGAGGAUGAAGGAGAAGAUGACUAAUAGAAAACACUGAUGGAUUCCAACUUUCUUUUUUUUUUUUUUUUUUUUUUAAUUUUCUCCAGUCCCUGGGAGCAAGUUUGCAGUCUUCUCCCCCUCUGUGCUCAGUCACCCCAUUCUUGAGGUCUCUUUUUCUCAACACCAUGGUUCUCAACUUAUUCGGGGAGGGGGGUGGAUACCUUGCUCAGAACACAACAGGAAAAGAAUCUCCACACACCUGUUCUAAUUCAUUUUUACCCCUGUCUCAACAAGAACUGUACGGAAUCAACGCCGCCGCCACCUGCUCUGUGGGAAACAAGAAGCCUCCGGUUCCUUGGCUCUGCUGAGGCCCAGGCCCUGUGUAGUAGUGCAUAGAUUCUAGCUUUUCUCCUCCUUUCUCUGUAUAUUGGGCUCAGAGAUUACACUGUGUCUAUGUGAAUACAGACAGUUAGCAUUACCAACAUGUAUCUGUCUACUUUCUCUUGUUUAAAAAAAAAGAAAAAAAACUUAAAAAAAAGGGGUUAUAGAAGGUCAGCAAAGGGUGGGUUUGAGAUGUUUGGGUGGGUUAAGUGGGCAUUUUGACAACAUGGCUUCUCCUUUGGCAUGUGUAAUUGUGAUGUUUAACCGACAUCCUUGCAGUUUAAGAUGACACUUUUAAAAUAAAAUUCUCUCCUAAUGAUGACUUGAGCCCUGCCACUACGGGAGAAUCAGCAGACCCUGUAGGAUCUUAUUCGGAAUUGACAUUCUCUAUUGUAAUUUUGUUCAUUUAUUUUAAAAUUUCUUUUGUUUUCACUGGAAAGGAAAGAUAAUGCUCAGUUUUAAAACGUUAAAAGUGUACAAGUUGCUUUGUUACAAUAAAACUAAAUGUGUACACAAAGGGUUUGAUGCUUUUCUCUCAGAAUGGACAUACUUGAUCUGACCUUCCGAGUUUGACUUGUGUAAUAACGCCCCUGUCAAACUGUGCCCCUAACCUCGUAUUUUUUGAUACGCACUUUGCAGGAUGACCUCAGGGCUAUGUGGAUAGGGUAUAAAGGGAUUUGAAUCAAUGUCUUAAUGUCUCCGCAACUGGGAAACCGUGCUAUCAUUAAUUCUAUGUCGUUUGGGAUACUAGAACCUCAAAUUUGAGUUCUGAGUUCUACCCUUGAUUUUUAUCUCACUGGUAUUUUUUUUUAACUUGGCUUUUUUGUGCGUCAAUGGGAUUCCACCCACCAUCACACAGACUUGUUGCUCUAAGGCCACGUUGCACAUGGCACCCUGCCUUGGCUGGUGUGUCUUGGUUGGCACAAUUCAGUGCAGCGGAGAAGCUGGAGAGAGAAGUCGGUGGGUGGUUGGGAGGGCGUCCUUGUCCCUCGAGACCCCGUGUCUAGCCCAAGGCUCUGCCUGUGAGUGGACUGGGUGGAGGGAGGGCUCUGCCCACUGUGUCACAUGGAGAAGCUGCCAAAUGCAUACGCUUUUUAAUGCUGUAAAAUAUAGCUGAAAUGAUUAAAUGCCACUUUUUCAGAGAUGAAUUCAUGGACAGCCUGGUCAGAUUGGAAGCUGUGUGAUGUAUAAGACUUUCUUAAUGGAACUAUUCCAUCAAUAGGCAAAAGUGUAACCAAAACCUGUCUAGAUGGAUUAGUGUGUGAUUUCGACACAGGUCUCUGUUGAGUAAAUACAUCACUGUAUACCGGUCAGGAAUCUUGCUCCAAUAAAGGAACAUAAAGAUUUUUU